AUGAACAGGUACAGAAAUAUACCCGGGCGGGCUGCUCCGUCGAAGGCGUCCCCGACGACCGUCUGUCAGAAGUGCCUGAAAAAAGAUAGCUACGAAUGCACUACACAGCUCCAGGAGAGGCCGUACGGUGCUAGGCCGUCACGGACACAGCAGCUGUCAAACCCACGGCUGCGGCCACAGCUAUCGACAGAGGUGCCGAACGAUUUACUCAGGACUAAAGGGGUUGCUGAUGAGCAGUUGCGUCGAGCAAAGGAGGAACGGUCAAGGCUGAGCCCGAGUCGAAGCCCAAGUAGAGAUAGGGACCAUGGAGAUGCUGGCCGAAGCUCACGGAAGAGAGCCAGGUCGGUAUCCUCGUGCUCAUCGGUGUCGACAAUAUCAACCAGCCGUUCACGUUCGCGUUCGCCUCCGAGACGUACAAUGCAGGACCCACUGCCUUCACGGUCAAGCGUUCGCUCUCCAGCCAGCAGGGGGAGAUCAGAAAUGGAUGGGCCGGGUGACGAGUCCGAUGCUUCUGGUGGCCGUAUAAGAGAGACUCGACGCCGAGAAGGCGACCACCACUCUCGUCGACACCGGCGGACUCGAUAUUCAGACUCCCCCGAGCCAUACAGACGCCGUGAUAGAUCCAGAUCGAGGGAGGACAAAUCACGCAAGAGCAGGCGCUCACACAGGGAACGAGAAAGGUCCGUUAACGAUGAUGACAGACAUGAUACGCCAAAUUCGCGUGAUGGAGCACCCAGCCGUCCUUAUGUCGAAAGACAGCCUGUCCGGAAUAACUCUCCACCUCGGCAGAGAAGCCUAAGCCCAUAUAGCAAACGUCUUGCGCUCACGCAGGCCAUGAAUGCGCCAGGUAGAUAG